AUGGGUAAGGCGUUGGCGGCCCUGCCCAAGCGCCCACCGGACCCGUGGGAGGGUUGCGAAAGGCCUCGAGCCCACGGCAGGACAAGCAGUGGGGCGUACAGGGGGCUGGCGGCGGGCAGCCCGGCUGAUUCGGGGCUGGCGGCGGGCUGGAUGCUCGCCCAGGCAGCCAGGGUGUGGGAUUUCUGCAAGCUGGCCGGGCCCGCCAAGCAAACGUUUUGCGUGCUGCUGCAAGCUUCCCGGUGGCAGUCUCACUCGCUAGCAGAAGAUGUACAGCCCGAAAUCUGGAUUGCACAGGAGCUGCGACGCAUCGGAGAUGAGUUCAAUGCCUCCUAUUGUCCAAGAAGGGGUUUCUUGGAUAACCAGGCGGGAAACCCCCAGAUCGUCAUUUUGCGUCUCCUGCGUUACAUCAUCCGCCUCAUCUGGAGGAUGCAGUGA